AUGUCUGCCUACAGGAAUAGUGCUUAUGAGGAAGACCCAGAUUACCCUGACUAUUCUGGGUUUCGAAACCAUUCUCAGGGGUAUUUGAAAACUCCAGGUCCUCUGAACAACUCAGAUGAACCCAGCACCAGGAGCAGCCCAUACCCAGCAGAGUCCAGAACAAGUCGAGACUAUCUUGGGUCUCUAGCAGAACCAGAUUAUCCUGGAUCUCAGAGUAAUCCAGACUAUGCUGGCACCAGGAGCCAUCCAUACUCUGCAGGGACAGACUAUCCCAGACCUUUGGCAGAACCAGAGUAUAUUGGAUCUCAGAGGAAUCCAUACCAGCCAGGCUCACCUGGAGAGCCAGACUACUCUCAGUCUCAACGAAAUCCUGAUUUUCCUGGUUCCGAAGGCAGUGGAAACUACACAGGCCGCAGAAUAAAUCAAGAUUAUCUCGACUCCGCGGGAGAACCAGACUACCCUGGAGCUGAGGAAAACUUGAACUCUUCUGGCCCCAGAGCCAGUUCAAACCAUCCAGGCUCCAGAAGGAAUCUGGAACAUGCUAGCCCCAGAGUCAAGGCAUACAUAGACUCUCUGGGAGAGCCUGAUUAUCCAGGUGCUGAAAGUCAAUCUAACCAUCCACACUCUUUUGGAGAACCAGACUAUCCGGGUGCUGAGGACCAUCGGAACUCUCCAGACUUUUGGGGAGAGCCUGAUUACCCAGGUGCUGAGAAUGGUCGUGAUUAUGGCUCUUCAGAGGACCCGGAAAUGGCCAGGCAAAUGCUCAGCAGAACAUCUUCACUCCAGCCCCCGUAUCACCAUGAGGGUGUCAGCCCCUUGGGCACCCUUGGGAGAGAAGAUGUUGAUUAUCCUGAAAGCAUUGAAAUGCAAUCUGUGGAGAUGGCAAACCCAUAUCCAGGUGCUCCUGGCAAUGGCUAUGUGAAUCCUGCUUAUGUGGGUGAUGAAGGUCCCGGCCCAGCUUAUGGAGACCCACCCUUGUCUGGACAUAAUUGGCUCACUUCGCCCCAAGGACAAAAGUUAAUUGAGUCUCUGAUACCCAUGACAUCUAGAGACAGAAUUAAAGCCAUUAGGAAUCAGCCAAGGACCAUGGAAGAAAAAAGGAACCUUAGGAAAAUGGUUGACAAAGAGAAAAGUAAGCAGUCCCGUCGAAUCCUGGAGCUCAACUGCUGUGCUCAGCGCCUGAACUCCAUUUCACUGGCAUACCGAAGGUUCAAGAACAACCUGUCGGAACUGCUCAGUUCCAUCAGCCUGUGGCAGAAGACGCUCAAGGUCAUCGGAGGCAAGUUCGGCACCAGCGUCCUCUCCUAUUUCAACUUUCUGAAGUGGCUUUUGAAGUUCAACAUCUUCUCGUUCAUUGUGACCUUCAGUUUCAUCAUAAUCCCUCAGCUAACUGUGAUGGAGAAGAACCACCUCCAAUUCACUGGACUGGAAUUUUUAACCGGGGCGGGUUAUUUUACUAACACAGUGAUGUACUAUGGCUUUUACACCAAUUCUACGAUCCAGCAUGGCAGCAGCGGGGCCUCGUACAACAUGCAGCUGGCCUAUAUCUUCACAAUCGGAGGGUGUUUGGUCAUCUGCUUUUUUAGUUUGCUCUUCAGUAUGGCCAGGAAUUUCCGGAAAAACUUCAUUAACCCCCACAUUUACUCCAGAGGGAUCGCCAAGCUCAUUUUUUGCUGGGACUUCACUGUCACUCAUGAAAGUGCAGUAAAGCUGAAACAGAAGAAUCUGAGCACUGAAAUCAGGGAGAACCUGUCAGAAAUCCGUCAGGAGAACGUCAAGUUAGCAUUCAGUCAGCAGUUUAUCCGCUUCUCUGCCCACGUGGCAGCCUGGGUUGUCUCUUCCGGAGCGGCCAUCACCUGCUGUGUAGCCGUUUAUUACCUGGCUGACAACAAUUUACAGUUCCUGGCAAAGCACAGUAACCCUGGGGCGGUGCUCUUACUGCCUUUUGUCGUGUCCUGCAUCAACCUGGCCGUGCCUCGCUUCUACUCCAUGUUCAGGCUGGUGGAGCGCUAUGAAACGCCGAGGCACGAGGUCUAUACCUUCCUGAUCCGAAAUAUCUUUCUGAAAAUAUCAAUCAUUGGAAUUUUGUGUUACUAUUGGCUCAACAUUGUGGCCCUGGAUAGUGAAGAGUGUUGGGAAACCCUCAUUGGCCAAGAAAUCUACCGGCUCCUUCUGAUGGAUUUUGUGUUCUCUUUAGCUGAUUCCUUCCUGGGGGAGUUCCUGAGAAGAAUCAUUGGGAUGUGGCUGAUCACAAGUAUUGGCUUACAGGAGUUUGAUAUUGCCAGAAAUGUGUUAGAACUCAUUUAUGCACAAACUCUGGUGUGGAUUGGAACCUUCUUCUGUCCUCUGCUGCCCUUUAUCCAAAUGAUUACUCUUUUCAUCAUGUUUUACGUCAAAAAUAUCAGCCUGAUGAUGAAUUUCCAGCCUCCGAGCAAAGCAUGGCGGGCCUCGCAGAUGAUGACUUUCUUCAUCUUUCUGCUUUUCUUCCCAUCCUUCACUGGGGUCCUGUGCACCUUGGCCAUCACCAUCUGGAGAUUGAAACCUUCAGCUGAUUGUGGUCCAUUUCGAGGUCUGACCUUCUUCAUUGAGUCCAUCUACAGCUGGAUCAACACCCUGAAUAACAUGUCCAGCUACCUGUGGGUUGUUUGGAUCUACCAGAACCUCAUCGGGAGCGUGCACUUCUUCUUCAUCCUCACCCUCAUUGUCUUAAUCAUCACUUACCUUUACUGGCAGAUCACAGAGGGAAGGAAGAUUAUGAUAAGACUGCUCCAUGAACAGAUCAUUAAUGAGGGCAAAGACAAAAUGUUCCUGAUAGAUAAGUUGAUCAAGCUGCAAGGUAUGGAGAAGAGAGCAAACCCCACCUUAUUUACACUGGAAAGAAGAGAUUCGGAGCAAUGGGGCCCUCUGCAUGUCAGGCAACAUGAUGCUGCUCGAGAUCUGAGAUUCAGGCAAUCAUUUCAAGAAGAUAAUCCAAAGGCCUGA